AUGUCGUCUACGGCCAUGUCCAAGAAGAACAAGGGGAAGAAGGUCGCCGAUCCUAAUGAGACGUCCAAGCUUCUCGCCGCCAAGAUCUCGCAGCUAGAGCAGGAUCAAGCGGGGGAGAAGGAUCAAGAGCAAGAGAUUGAGCGGGAGGUGAAGAAGGCCACUAGAGAUCUGAACCAACUCCUGACCAAUAUCGAAUCUCCGAUGACCCGACUCGAAACUGUACAUAAAAAAUACACGGAACUUCUCGCCGAUAUGAAGAAGUUGGACCGCGACUAUGCCAAGAGCAAGAAGCGCGCGGACCAACUUCAGAAGGACCAGGACAAGGGCAAAUCGGAGUUGAACAAGACCGUUACCAUGAAGGACAAACUGGAAAAGCUCUGCAGGGAGCUUACGAAGGAAAACAAAAAAGUCAAGGAUGAGAACAAGAAGCUGGAAGAAAACGAAAGGAGGGCCCGUGCGAUAGUCAAUGAGCGGCUUGACUCUCUCCUGUACGACAUUCAAGAUGUAAUGGCAGCGAAAGGCAAUCCUCGAAGUGAUAAAGUGGACAUCGACCUGGAUGAGGCUCUUCGAGCCAAGAUCAAGACAAUUGGCGAAAAAUUCGAGAUGCGCGAGUUACACUACAAGUCCCUCCUCCGCAGCAAGGAUGCGGAGAUUCAAUGUCUUACCGCCAAGUAUGAAGAACAGCGGCGUGCAGCAGAGAAUGAAGCCGCCCGCUGCCGGGCACUGAGCUCCCAGGUCUCCACGUUCUCGCACACCGAGUCCGAGCUGCGCAGCCAGCUGAAUAUCUAUGUGGAAAAGUUCAAACAGGUUGAGGACACUUUGAACAACAGCAAUGAGCUGUUCCUAACAUUCCGCAAAGAGAUGGAGGAGAUGUCGAAGAAGACCAAACGGUUGGAAAAAGAGAACCUCACUCUCACCCGCAAGCACGAUCAGACGAACCGCAACAUACUUGAAAUGGCCGAGGAACGCACGAGGAAUCACGAAGAACUUGCCAAAUGGCGUAAAAAGAGCCACGACCUUGAACAACUGUGUCGACGGAUGCAAGACCAAGGACGCGGCCAGGCUCUAGCUGCAGAUCUCGACGAUGGUGACGACGAAGGAACAGAGAGCGAAUAUGAAGAAGACUACGAAGACGAAGACGAGGAAGGCAUUAGUGAUGAGGAUUAUGAGCUCGACAGCGCCAACGGUGAUCACCAUCAUCACCAUCACCACCAUCAUCAUCACCACCACCACCUGCCUCCGCAGCCAGAGAAGCCGGUGUUCGGGCCGCCGCCACCCCCGAAUCUCCUCGAGGCGCGAGCCAAUGGGAAGGCUGUGGUGAAUGGAUUCCACUAA